AUUGCUCCCAAUUCCUAUUGAAAAUUUGCCCGAGAAGACUAGAAGUCUUAAUAAACGGUUCUUAGAUGCACUCAUCAAUUAGUGAUUUUGUUUCCAUUUUAUUUUCUUAUUGUUUUUAAUUGCUUUGGUUUUGUGCUUCGGUAGUGGGUGGUGUAUGUGCUGAUGAGGAGGUGAAGUGCUUUGGUGGUGUUAUUACGUGUGCAAGAGAUUUUUCUAUUAUUUUUAUAUCCGAAUAAAAAAUACUUAAAUGUGUAUGUAUGUAUGUGAUUGAUAACCUCCAAAUUAAGCGUCGGGUUAACAGUUAACCGUUAUUAAUUGCACAAACACAGGUGGCUGGCUGUAACACAACUAAAUCAAGUCCGAAAUACAAUUGUGCGAUACAAGGAACAAGCGAACUUAACCUUACAGUUUCCAGUGCUUCAGUUUUAAGAUCGACGUGAAAUGAUUGAGGAAUGUUAAUUUAAAUCCAUUUGUUCUGUGUGGAAAUGUGGGCCACACAAUACCACACCACAAUAUAUUUCUAGCCACUAAAAUCGUCAUCAUUAUCUAACUUUUACCAAUAGAUAAUGGAGCCAACACACAUCAUUCGUCUCUUCUGCUUUUCUCCCUUUCUCUCCUAAAAAAUAGAUAAAUAAUACUAAAUAAACAAACUAUAAUAAUCAAAUCGUUGAUCGAUGGUGCACUACAGCAAAAAACAAAACCUAUAUUCUUUGUAGAAAGUGAUAGUGGUGCGGUGCGAGGUGAUGGUGUUUCGUUGGAAUUUUCCCAAUACCUGCUCUGCAUAAUUAAAGUUGCUCUUCUGGGAGGCAAAACAAGAAAAUAAAGGAUUCAACAAAUUUACCAAACAGCACAUUCCUCCUGUAAACACAAUUGAUUGGACUUAAUUGAAUAAUAAACAAAUCACUUUAAUAAUCAAGACUGCACUCCGCUGCUGUUGGUCGCUGCGAUCAUAGGAGUCUACGAUUCGGAAAAUUCGUCUAGAAAUUGUAUCAAUAGGUCAUCAUAAGCUGUAAAAAUGUCAAACGAACAGAAACAACGCAUCCAAGUCCCAGAUGCUCUGCGCGAAGUUCUUUUGGAUUUUUCCAUUGCCUAUCUGCUGGAACAGCCGGGCGAUGUGGUUGAUUUCGCCGUGGAGUAUUUUACAAAACUUCAGGAAUCACGCAGACAAACCAGUUUCAGUCGUGAUAAUGAUCGUGGUUCAGUCGAUGAUAGUGUCAUGUCUCAGGAAGAUGACGAUGAGCCAGUUGUGCCGAGAUUUUCUAAUCGUCGUAAAUCGGUGUUUGCAGAGGCAUAUGAUCCCGAAAACGAUGCCGACGAUGAUGAGGGAGCCACUGCCGUAUUUCCAAAAUCUGACGAGCAGCGUGCAAGACUCAUCGAGUCAGUUAAAAAUGUUUUACUAUUCCGUUCACUGGAGAAGGAGCAGAUGAACCAAGUUUUGGAUGCCAUGUUCGAGAGGAGAGUAUUGCCUGGAGAGAAUAUUAUCCGCCAAGGCGACGAUGGCGACAACUUCUAUGUCAUUGAAUCGGGUGUCUACAAAGUCAUUGUAAAUGACAAUCAUGUUCACACUUACACCAACAGUGGUAUAUUCGGUGAAUUGGCUUUGUUAUACAACAUGCCAAGAGCUGCUACAAUUCAAGCUGACUCAGAGGGCCUGCUUUGGGCGAUGGAUCGCCAAACCUUCCGUCGCAUUUUAUUGAAGUCCGCCUUCAAAAAGAGAAAAAUGUACGAGACCCUGCUUGACAGUGUACCAAUGCUAAAGACUUUGCAGAGCUAUGAACGCAUGAAUUUGGCCGAUGCUUUGGUUACAAAACGUUUUAAUACAAGCGACAGGAUUAUUAAGCAAGGAGAUGUGGCGGAUGGCAUGUAUUUCAUAGAGGAAGGCACUGUGGUCAUCAAAAUGGACCAAGAUGGUUCCGAAAUCGAAAUAUCCAAGCUCGGAAAAGGUGCCUACUUCGGAGAGUUGGCCCUGGUCACACACCGCCCCCGUGCAGCAUCUGUAUAUGCUGCGAGUGACGAUGUUAAAGUCGCAUUCCUUGAAGUCGAGGCGUUCGAGCGAUUACUUGGCCCUUGCAUGGAUCUAAUGAAACGCAACAUUGACGACUACGAGACCCAAUUGAUAAAGAUCUUUGGCAGCAAGAACAACAUCACCGAUACACGAUAAAAAGUCUGACGCCUAAGAGUGAAAACCAGAAACAAGUACUACACAACCACACAAACACAAUGCUGCAAAAACAUUGAAUUGACAUGAAAUAUUUGCAAUGUUUUGGGUCCCAGCAUCCAACUAGCCCUUGAACCAAAAAUCAUUAAGAGAUCGAUCAUUCUUCAUCUUCCCUGACAUCCCAUCAUACUGUAUAACAACACAUCAACUCUGCAGCAAAAUCUAAGAAAAUAUCCAAAUAUGAAGCCACAAAAUAACAAAACUGAUAAACACAAAUGUUGUAAGCAUAAUUAAUCUAAAUGUUUAUACUUAUUAUGGUAUAAAGUAACGCAUUUACAUACACAGACCCACACUUAGUAUGUACAUAUACAAAAUGGAAAAGGUAUCCAUCAAUUCUUGUGCAACUGAAUUAAAAGUCCCAUAAAGAAGCAGAGUAAAUUUUAUUGAGGUCAAUAUAUAGCCAUGUCGUGAGAAACAACAAGCCAAAGGAACGGCAAUGGCAAUUUAUUUUAUUAAUAAAUUUAUUUAUUUGAAAAAAAAAAAAAACACACGACAGAAAUUGACCCAUGGACAAAUUGAGCAUAGUACUGCAAUCAAGAGUGGCAAUAAAAACAUCCGCCCCUUAUUCCAACCACUACCCAUAUUUCUCGUGUUUACUGUACCACUGACUAAUUCUUUGUUUUCGACAUUCUUCAUUCAUUUUUUAAUUUAUUGAAUCACUUCACAUAGACAUUGAAAGUGUUGCAUCCGAACUUAUUUCAUCUUCAGCUUCAAGUGCCAUAUAUACUAGAAAGAUGAGGUUCUCUGUUACCAAAUUUUUUAUUGUUAUUAUUAUUACGAUAUUCGAAAUUUCCCCUUGAAGUUUUGAAAAGUCAUUAGUUCUUCGUUUCAAGUUGUUGUUAGUAAUUAGCUAAUUUUAUUAUGUACUUUUUUAUAAGAGUUUUGUUUUUAUUUUUUUUUUGUUACCGACUAACCCAUUAUGGUUAAGGCGCCCCGCCCCGCCCCGGUAACGUAACCGAGAUGAUAACGUGUUCGGACCACCAGUGCGGAGGUCGUAGAAUCGAUUCCCUCUAAAGGCCUUGGUCUGUCGCUACCCCGUGGCAUCACAUUCGACUACAAUUUUCUAAGUGAGUCUGUAAAGGAGUGUAAAGCCACUCUUACCCAACCUAACCAACCCAUUAUAGUUACUACUUAUGGAUCGUAUUACUAUUAUUGUGUCUUGGUUGCAGGAAAACUCUAGGCUGGCAAGCGAAUGAUUCUAUUUCCUCAUGUGUAUUUGUAAAAUGUCGAUGUCACUUUCUUUUAUCAAUAUAGUACUCUCUCAAUAAGAUGUUCUUAGUUUUAUCUGUUACUAAGAAGGUUCAAAAUGUUGUCAAUCAUUCAAUGUAAAUGCAUGCAUGCUUACACCUGCCCAUACCCAUACCCCCUCACAUUUAUUUAACCGCUGUUGGCGCGUGGUGGUUUUUGUAGGCGACUUCCGUUUUGUUAUCGAGCCAAAGCCUUGAGGGUUUUCUCAAGUACUUUUGAUACUUUAAAGCACCCGCGUACUUCAUUUCUGUAUAAUUAUCGCAAAAACAAAACAAAACUAAACAUACUUAUAAAUGUUUCAAGAUGUUAGAUCUAAGAUGUUAGCUAGAUGUUUUGAGUCAUGUUAAUAUACAAACUUACAAACGUACAUACAUGCAAUGCAUUGACACAUUAAACUACAACAACACACUGCUACAACAACAACAACGUGGUGCCCAUUUUACGUAUAGUAUGAAUGACGUAGAGAAAAAAGACGCACACACACACACACACACUAAUACAUUGCUCUACCGAAUUCUGAUCAUAGAUAAAGGCAACUAGAAAACCACGCAGGCAAACACAACUACAUUUAGUGAAUAUACCUAGAUAUGUAUUUGUAGAUAUAAUGAAGUGCGACAUAACGCAAACAUUUUAUGCAUAUUUUCACUUUCAUAGAAAUUUAAUUAUGGGAACACAGCUAAAAACCUUUAAAAGAAAAACUAAAAAAAAACCAAAACAAACACCCUAGCACAAUCAUAACAGAACUAACAAUAUCAUUAACUAUAAACUUACCUACAUACAACAUACGUUUAGAUAAAAAAAAUAAUGAGGAGAAGUAUCCUAUCGACAAGAAGCAAGUCUUUAGCAAAAGCAAUAUUUUGUUUUGUCUUAGUCAUUAUCGAUCGAAUUUUUCGAGAAAAAAAUCUGGAGGCUAUUUAGAAAAGUCUGUCUUCUUUAUUCUUUCCAAAUUUUCUACAUUAUUAGUUUGAUUAAAUUGGUGUCCUCCACUUGAUAUGAGCUUACUAACUAUACCUUUAUCAAAAUCAAAAAAAAAAAAAAAAAUAAAUAAAUAAAUAAAAAAUAAACAAAACACUCACAAAAUAGUUAUGUUAAGCCCUUGUAAUACUACACACAUAUGUAUUAGUGGUUUCAACAUCGCAUUUAAGAAAUGUUGAAUAAGACCAGGACAUGAAGUUCCCCGUUGAUUUUGGGGAAGCCUUCGUAAUAAACAGCUAGUGAUUGUUACACUCUCCGAUACAACAACAAAAAACGAUAUGGAAUAGGAAAAUGUAAACAGUCGUGCCCGUUAAGCAUUCGCAACAAAUGUGUAUGUAGUAUACUACUCAGAUAUGUAUGUGUGUAUCUGAUAUUUUGUGUUCUUAUAGAUGCGACAGAAUAUAAAAUUGAUUAAAUUAAUAUUUAUAUUUAAACGUGCAUGUUUUAACUUUAAGUAAAAUGAAAGAAAUAAACUAUCGAUGGAAUUUAUUAAUUGUAUAACAAACAAAAAGAAAAAAAUUACAAAAAUUAUGAAACAAAACACAUAGCAAGAAAAGGCUGCUGUCAUUCAUAGAGAAAAAUAAUAACUUUGAAAUAUCGAGAGCAGCCUUAUAUACAACAUAUACCUAUACACAUUUAUGUAUAAUUCAAUUAAAAACAAACAAAAUAUUAUAAUAAACAUGAAAGUGCUGGACAUUUUCUACACAUUUAAACUUGCAACCACAUACAUUUACCGCGAAAUAUACACACCACCAUCAACUGCGUACCACAUGAAAGUACACAAUUGAGCUUGUCAUCGUCACUUGAUCUAAAAGGUUUUUAUAGGUAUUACCCCUACAAAAAGGGGGUAAAACGUAUUUUUCCAUCUGUUUGAAAUAUCCUCGAAAGACAACAGAAAUGGUGUUUGCUGAGGCUCUCUAUGAGGUAGUACACCACACACAAUCAUACACACGAAAUGAAAAUAGUGUUGUAUCCACAAAAUCAUACUGACUGCAAUUUUCUGACUCAUUUUUGGUAACUUUUCAAUCGACGAUUUACCAUUUUAGCACAAUGGUAUUAGCCGUUAAUGAAAAUUUCUCUAAAUUUAAUAAUGUUGAAUUAACAUUUAAUAGAAACCCUUCACUAAAUGCAAUAGCUUUACUAAAUUUAAACCCUUGCAAACCGUUGGAUGGACCGUUUUUAAACCGCCAAGGAACCUAUCGCUGUUUAUAUUACCUAUCAAUUUUGGUAGUGUCCACUAUAGGACAUAAAUUCAUGGAGCAAACUUUCAUAUUAAAAUCAAAUCAAAUGCAUAAUAAUACAAUAAACUUAAUCUUAGAUAAGCGAAACAGACUACAAAAACUUGUUAAUUUAAUUGUUGUGUUGUAUGUGAAAACCUGUGAAAUUAUUUAAAAAAGGGAAACAAAAACUAAAUAAAAUGUAUAAUAGAUUUGUAAGAGCUAGCCAUGCAUCAAUGCCACUUUAAUUUAGACAACAAAAAGAGAAAAUGGAGGGAGCCACAACACCGUGGUUGUAUGUCUAGUCCUAAACAAGAACGACCAUAAAGCCAGUUGCCAUAAACCACAGUAUACUCUGUUCUACCAGUACUUCUCCAUAUCAACGCCGUGAUUGAAACCUGUCCCAACAUCGAUCGCACAAGCACAGAGCACACACCUAACACAGACACAAACACACCUUGAGAAAAUUGUUUAAUAAGAGAAAACCAAUCUAGAGUUUUAAGGAAGCAGCAUUUCGCAUUCUAAAAACUUACUAUCUACCAUAAUAAUAAUAUUAGCAUUAUUCAUAAGUAAACGAGGUGCUCGCUUAUGACAAUGGCGGCGAUGAUGAUCAGAUGAAAUGAGCUAAAUGAUUAUAAAUACAAAAAAAAAAAAAAAAAAAAAAACCUAUGUUAUUUAAACAAUUUAAAAGAGAAGGACAACACUUUAAUGUGGAGACGAAUAAGCAUUGAGUUUCUAAGCAAAAGUAAUUAUGAUGAAUUAAUACAGAUGUAAAAGCAAGAAAAAGUAUCGCAAUAAAAUGACAAUUACAAAAUGAAA